CAGUGUCAUCUCUAGAAAAUUUUAAAAACCUUUGUUUACGAAAUCUUAACGAAACAUAAAUAUAUUUGCGAAAGUAUGAUAGAAUAGAAAUUAUUUAAAAGUAUAUUCUAUGUUCUUAAUCGGGCGGUACAAAAUGUACUUUUAAAACGUCUUUACCGCGCUUUGCAACACUACAUACGUGCUAUUUCAUAAUUUUUAAUACCAUACCUGCAACAUUAUAGGUUUUAGUUAAAAAAUUAAUAAAGCCCUAAACAUGUUAGUCAGAAAUAUUUGCAAGUUUACGCAAGCUAUGGUCAGGUUUCGCGUUGUCGCGAAUCCCAGAGAUUACUGUCAUCUUGCGCCGCUGAAGAGAAGCCGUUAUCACCAACGGUCAGAAUUCGGAUGUCGACCGCUGUGCUCCAAUAGUGCGGGCUACCAGGUGUCCUGGGUAGCUGUACCCACUUCUGGCUCUUCCAGUGGAAUGUUUUGGGCAUUUUCCGCUGCUUUCUCUUUGAAUCUGUUUGGUCCCACCGACGAAAAGGAGGAAACUCCGGAGGAAAAGCUGAUCAAGACCAUCAAACGAUCAAUCCUGUGCAUUCAGAGGGAACAGUACGACAAGGCCGAGCAAAUGCUCCACCUGGCUCUGCGAAUGGCGCAGGAUAUUCAGAGCAAGGACGGCAUCACAUAUGUGUUUGAUCUGAUGGCCAAUUUGGCCAUGGAACGCGAGCAGUUUAAGAAGGCGGAGAAGAUAUUCACGGACGUGAUGAAACGCCUCUUUGCCGAGGGACACACCGAAGAGAGCCCCAAGAUACUUCACAUCAGCUCCAAGAUAGCACACAUGUCUCAGCUGCAAGGGGAUCUGGAAAAGAGCUUUCAAGGGUUUACUUGGACCUUGCAGCAGUUGGCUAAGCUACUGGAGAAAAUGCCCGACGACAAGGACAUACUGGAGCUGUAUGGCUUGACAAAGAAUUGGUUCGGCCAGCUGCUUAUGAAGCAGGGCAAGUACCUGGAGGCUAAAAACCUCUUUAAGGAGGCCUUCGACACGCUCAUAAAUGUUUAUGGUGCCGUCAACGACGCCUCUGUAACCAUCCUAAAUAACAUCAGUGUGGCGUACGUAAACCUGGAAAAGUACACCGAGGCAAGGGAGACGCUUUUGGAGGCCAUGGAACUGACUAAGGAGCUAAAGGAUGCCACCCAGGAAGGCAUUCUGCAGGCAAAUCUGGGUUUGGUGUAUCUUCGCGAGGGCCUUAUGUCGCAGGCGGAGAACGCUUGCCGACUGGCGUGGAAACUGGGCAAGCAACACCAGAAUCCCGAUGCCGUAGAGCAGGCCGAGUAUUGUCUCAACGAGAUAAAGACCACCCUGAAUGGAGAGAAGCGCCAGUGAGGAUUCUUUUUACAGUGUAUUUUUGACUAUUUAUAAAAAUUUCAUUUCGAAGUGAAGCACAAAUUUGGAAGGCUUAAAAAAUCUUAAAUAACGCCGCA